AUGUGUGAGCGAGCUUUGGUUUCAACUGAUCCAACUGUUACUUCACUAGGGGCCUCUCAACAGGCUCAUGUAUACUCGACCGAAUCCGACGAUUGCACUGCUUUCCUCUCAAACUAUGAUUUAAAAUCCUCAGUUAGAAUCAUGUUUAAUAACAUGCAUUACACUUUGCCACCUUGGUCUAUUAGCAUCUUCCCAAAUUGUAGGAAUGUUGUCUUCAAUACAGCAAAAGUAGGAGUGCAAAUAUCUCAAAUGCAAAUGCUACCAACUAGUACUCAUAUGCUCUCAUGGGAGAGUUUUGAUAAAGAUCCGUCUUCUUUAGACGAUAGCGGCUCUACAAUCACUGCCUCGGCUCUCCUAGACCAGCUAAAAUCAAGCAUGAAUGUUGGUGAACAUUAUGAGUCAUGGAACACAGGAAACCUAGGUCCAGUUUCACUCCCUGGACUUGACCAAGGAAAGUGGGACUUGUUAUGGAAGAAAUGGACUUAUCAGGUACUUCAAAUUGGUCUUUUACAUAGAUGUCUUGGAUUUGGCGUUGUGGCUUCAACCGUAACUAGUGAUGAGAUUCUCAAGGAAUCAUUCAUGGAGUUGAAAGUUGAUGAGCUAAUCAUGGAGAUAAUGUCCAUACAUAAGAAUGCUGGCAUUCAAAAUUUUUAUGAUGCUAUUCAAAAUUUAUAUGAUGCUAUAAGAAUAAUACACUAUGUUUAUAUUUUGAAUUAUAGUUGA